UUAAAACGUCACCGCUCAAACAUUUGUUUAAGGGCCCAUGUUUCAGGUGUUUGUGAGUUUGUAGCCACAGAUCCACAACGAAAAAAAUUGGCCUCUUCAUACAUAUCACCAAUGGCAGCUAACGCGACAACUCGGCCAUCAGAAGAAGAUUUUAAGCUGUUAAAGGAGAGAUGUCAGAUGAUCUUUGAUGCUGACCCCUCUCAGUAUCACAACGAUGCAUCCCUGCACAGGUUUCACAAGGCAUUCCUGGGGGUUGACGAGACCUUUCAAGCAGUACUUAAGUGUAACAAAUGGCGAAGAGAGUUUGGAGUGGCCAACUUGUCCCCAGAAGAUCCUGACAUUUUAGAAGAAUUACAGACCAUGAAGGCAUUAAUAUUAUCGCGCAGGGAUGCUCGUGAAAGACCAAUCAUCUAUAUAGCUGUCAAGAAGCACAAUGCAAAUGACAGAGACUUGGACAAACUAACCAAGUUUAUAGUAUAUUUAUUGGAAACAGCAUGCAGAAAGUGCAAUGAAGAAAUCAUAGACAACAUUUGUGUGGUAUUUGACAUGAAGGACUUCACAAUGCAGUGUAUGGACUAUCAGUUUGUGAAAACAUUAAUAUGGCUGCUUAGCAAGUACUUCCCAGAGAGGCUUGGUGUUUGUUUGAUCAUCAAUGCCCCUAUGUUGUUUUAUGGAUGCUGGACAGUAAUUCAACCAUGGUUAAAUGAGAAGACUGCCAGUAAAGUUGUGUUUGUAAACGAUGACCAAGCUUUGAGUGAAUACCUGUGUCCAGAUGCACUUCCUCAUGACCUAUGACCACACUGAACAUGAGAGAAGCUUGUUUCCGAUCCUUGUUUACUAUGAAGCCUCAGAUCAAGUUUAUUUAGAUGCCCCAGCAGACAGCUAGGUGACAUGAUGGACCACAAGAAUCUGAAACUCAGGGGGAUUAUUGAAUCUACAGGAUGCUGGUCUGCUUUGUGAUCUAUAUUGCAGACUUGUAUAAAUGCAAUAAUGAUUGUUUAGAUCAAAAACAGCAGUUUUUUUUCAUAUUUUCGGAUUAAACGUUGAUGUCAUACUAAAUUUGAAUUUAUGUAUGGAAUGUGAUAGAAGUAGAUUAUUACAGUUUUAUUUCAUAUAUUAUACAAUUAGUUGGAGGUAGGUAGUAUCACAGGUUUCUACAAGUAGAACUUUAUUAUAAUUUUUUUAUCCAAUUUUUUAGACAUUGCAACUUAAUUGUUAAAUUGUCCAGUUUUGUUGACAUCGACAGUUGAUGCAUUUUGUGUGCAAUUGUUUUUUAUUAGAUCCACAAUGUGAUCUGUGUAAAUCCUAGUAUACAUUAACAAAGUAAUUGCAUUUGUUUUAGUAUUUUAUCAUCAGCCAACAACUGUAAUGUAGGCAUUGACAGGUUUUACUUUGUCAAGCAUUCAAUUUGUUAUUUACUAAGCUCUGAAUGUGUACAUAUUGUUACUUAGAGCCACAAGUACAAGAACAUAUAAGCACAGCAAAGUUGACACAUUAUAUGAUGCCAAAUAAAAUUAUUAUAAAAUGUAGUAUAUAAAGCUUAUAAUAAUUGCGUUAUACGAUGUCCUUGAAAGCUAAACUGUUGUUAUGAUGACAUUUUACUGGUACCAGUAGUUGAUCUCAUCCCCCCAACUUAUAAGAUCUGAAUGUUUGACAGAGAACUUUAGGCAGUGUACCACAGACUAGUUUGCACUGAUGACACUAGAUGGCAUAGGUGCUUUCUUUUGGGAAGUGUUUAAUAUCAGUCUACCAUAUCAGGUGGAUAUAUAGAUCAUUUGCCUUAAGAGUAGUUAGAACCAUCAUGUGGAAGGUACCCGCUACCAAGAAUCUACAGCUGCCUGAUAUUGUAGACAGGGGGCAGCACAUUCUUUAGUUCACAAGACACUAGGUGGGGUUGGUGUCAAAAGUUCUUGGUAGAUUGUCAAAAGCUUUCUGUCAAGCUCUUGUAUUUGAAAAGUUAAGUAUCACUUAAAUGAUUCAUUCAAUACAUUAUACAUGUUGUGUAGAUGUACCAUUGUUACAGUAUAUUACAUUUUUGAGAGGAUUUAGAUUUUGACGAAAAUGUUCCAAACUGGAUUAGAAAAUUAAGAAGUACAGUGUGUGUGCCAUGUACCUGUGUUGUGUUUAUUUCAUAAUUAUUUAAGUAUUGAUUAAAUAGCAAUUCAAUAUGUUGAGAAAAUAUCAUCUUAGUGUGAGUAUUGGUUUACAUGGUCAGAUUGGUUUCUGGAGCAAGUCAUUCCUCUGAAAUCUGGAUGACAGCGUUGUUGUAUCUUCUGAUUGUAUCUCAGAGGACGUAGGCAUUCAGCUAUUAAAUUACAUAAUAAAAUAAUUAUUGGCCUUGGCUGAGGUAAGUUUGCCAUUUUGCGAAGCUCAUAAAAGCAUUAUUGAUAUCACUUUUCUGAGGUCUGCAAAACAACAUAACAACUUUCAAAUUGGUCAGUAAUUGAGUGUAUAGUAUUCCAUAUAACUAUUUGACUUGCAGUUUAUCUGUUUCAUACCCAUAAGUGGAGAAAACUUUUAUGAAGUCAGAGCUGCAUCUGUAUUGUACAAUACCCCAAGUGUUGAUCAUACAUUGGGAAAGAAACUCAAUGUAAGCAUUCUGGUAUUUAUUUUCAUCAACUACUAUUUUCUCCAUUUGGGCUGUCUUUUCUCAUGGACAUGCACUGAAAAGAAUUUUAUUAUUAAUUACAAGUAACUCACAAGAUCUCACUUGAAUCUCUUUCAAUGUAAAUCCUAUCUCUAUUUUGAUAGCCCUUCCACUUGGGCCUAAAAAGCUUAGUUUAUUUGUAGAACAGUUUCAUUAGCUAUGUUAUUGUAAUAGACUUGUGAAGAUUCUUUUUGUCUAUAGCUACUUAUA